AUGGAUGCUGGCAAGAGCCUGGAGAUCUGCUUUCAAAUCUGGACUCGUCCCAGCAGGGGGAAAAGGCGAGAGCUCCGGGACAGGGUGGAGACAGCCGAUGGGGAACCUUCCGGGGCCCUGGAGAGAGUCGGAAGCGCGCGGAGGCAGGCAGGAGUUGGGGAGCGGGAACUAACUUGGCGUGGAGGGAGGCGCCGCACGCCGCAGCCGUUCAGGUUUCGCGUCUUUCCAGCGCCCACAUGGGCCGCGGGCUUGGGGAAGGGGGCGGGGGAGAGGGAGGCGCCGAGGCCAGGACCCCGCGCCGGCCCCGGCGGCUCCUCCACUGGGAUUUCUCUCCAAGGCGUCAGCGCCCGCCCAAGUCCCAGGCGCCGCUUUGCCGCUUCCUCCCCGCGGCGAUCGGCUCCCGGUCCCCCGGCUCGGCCCGGCGCGCCCCGAGCACAGCCCCCGGAAGUGCGCGCCGGCGGCCCCGGCGAAGCCUACGGGACACCUUGCAGCUUCCGGUCGGUGACCAUUUUUAAGGCCCAUAGGACUGGCUCUACUCUGCUGUCUGCAAGGCCCAGUCCUCAGGAGCCUGAGAAGCCAACUGGGGCCAACCAAGUUUCAGAACCUCUACUGCUUGGCACCAACAUCACCAGGGAUGAACUGUUUUUGCCAGAUAAUCCUCUGUUCCUGACAGCACAUCCCUCCCCAGAAAAUCCCGAGCGAGCAGCUCUGUACUUUGUCUCCGGCGUGUGCAUCGGGCUGGUGCUCACCCUGGCUGCCUUGGUGAUGAGAAUCUCUUGCCACACGGACUGCCGGCAGCGUCCCCGGAAGAAGUUCCUGCAGGACCGAGAGAACAGCAGCGACAGCAGCGACAGCGAGGAUGGCAGCUCAGACACGGCGUCUGACAUCUCGGUCAGGAGGCACCGCCGCUUCGAAAGGACUUUGAACAAGAACGUGUUCACCUCGGCCGAGGAGCUGGAGCGUGCCCAGCGGCUGGAGGAGCGGGAGCGCAUCAUCAGGGAGAUCUGGAUGAAUGGCCAGCCCGAGGUUCCCGGGACCAGGAGCUUGAACCGCUACUACUAGCGGCGGGAGCCCAAGCCCAAGCCCGUGCCGCAGGAAGUCCUCGGCAAGGGCCAGGGGCCGCAGGGAGGGUGGGCACAGAGCUGAACACAGUUCUGCUGCAGUCCUGGGGUCAGAGAUAAGCAGGGCACGCCCAUUUUCUAGCCAGGAGGACUGAGCUUUCCUUUUCGACUAAAUUUAUGGAGAAGUAGAAAAACCAAGUCAGUUCAUCAAUCUUUGCAGGUCGUAGAAUGGUGCUGAAAAACCCUCCCCAGCAAUCUGGAUGGAGAUUAGAGAAACGGGACUGUGGUUUCUCUUGAUUUCUGAGGAUCUCAGAAGUUUCUGCAGACUUCAUUGCUAUGUGUUACUCCUUUACAAAAGGAAGAUUAGCAUGGCAUGAAGGCUAGGAAUAGCAGGGUGAACUUAACCCAGUAAAUGCAAUUUUCUAAAUGACCCCAUGCUAUGGAGGUGACUCUCAUCCAGAUAGCAUGAUUUAUGAUUAUUAUUUAAGGCUGAUUUUUAAAAAUCUUGUGUUGCAAUGGCAACCUUGUCCAUUUUAACUGGCACCUCAGGGAUUAAAAUCCUAUUUUUUAGUAUAGUUCCCACCUCAUUCAUGAAAAUGGGUAGAAUUACUGUAUUAUGGGAGAUGUGUCAGUGAGCUAGAAAUAUCAAUAACCUCAAAGGAUGAAGGGUUUUAUUUUAAAUAGUUUAUAAAAUAUAUAUUAACAUGCAUAUUUGAAGAUGGUGCAUAAGAAUAAAAGCUGUGUUUUCCCCCUUUUUGGAGAGAAGAAAUUUUGUUAUGACUCUAGAUAAUUAUGAUUUUAAACAUUUUGUUAAAAAAAAAGUUUGGAUUUCCAGGAAAAGAAUGGGAAUAGGAGAUGAGAAAUAAAGCCAAAAUUAGGAUGAGAUUAAAAAAAAAUGCUACAUUCUUUUUUGUGUUUCAUGUCCGUCUCUGUUGUAAUGCUUACUUUAAAUGGCAGCCCUUUUACAGAGGUGGCUAUGGUCUUUUGCCAAGCCCUUUCAACAACUGGAGAAUUGGGAGAAAUGGAGAAACUGGAGAAUAAAGAAAUGGCCGCUGUGUGACUAA